CACGCAUGCGCGAUUUUAGGGAGGCCAAGUGUCCGAAGAAAAAAUUGUCUACAUUCCAGCAUUGAUUUGCUGCUGAAACGCCACCCCCUGCAAACAUUCCUGGAUCAGGCCGCCCCUGCCCAGGUGCCCCUGUAAUGUCCUGUUAUACUUACGUGCUAAUGAGUUAAUAACUGCAACGCACCUCGGCACAUAUAAAAGAUACGUGAUGCAUCGGCACGUGGCGUAAAGCAUUGUUACUUUAUAAAUGAAUUUGUAGUCGAGCGUGUCGAAUUGAGGUGCAGCCGGGCCGGGACGCACACAACUGCAAAAUGGCAGCUAAGUACAAAUUAGUACAAAUCAUAGGAAGAGGCACUUUCGGUUUGGCUUGGUUGGCAAAAUCUUUGACUAGUCAAAGACCGUACGUCGUUAAGGAGAUACACCUUGCUGAUAUGACUGAGAAGGAUAGGAACCAAGCGGUGAAUGAAGUAGCCAUCUUGGCUAGUCUGAAACACGCCAAUGUGGUGCGUUAUCGGGAAGCUUUCAUGGAGCGAGACACAUUGCAUAUUGCUAUGGAGUAUGCCGAUGGAGGUGACUUGAAUGAAAUAAUCAAAUCCAACCGGCGGGACGGACAGCAUAUCACGGAGAAUUGCAUCAUGGACUGGUUUGUUCAGAUCUGCUUCGCGUUGUGUUACAUACACGCCAAGAAGAUCCUCCACCGAGAUCUGAAACCGCAGAACAUCUUCAUGACGAAUGAGGGAAUCAUUAAAGUGGGUGAUUUUGGCAUAGCUCAGAUGCUGCGUGGCACCAGAGAGCAUGCCCAUACUGCCAUUGGAACACCGUAUUACAUGUCGCCAGAGAUAUGCAGGCGAAAACCCUACAAUCAUAAGAGUGACAUGUGGGCAGCUGGGUGUGUCCUAUAUGAGAUGACGGCACUGGUUCAUCCAUUUGAAGCCAAUGACAUCUCUUCGCUGGUCAUCAAGAUCACGAGAGGAAAUUACAAGGCAAUACCAAGACACUAUGGACCUCUCCUGGACGAUUUAGUCUCUGUGUUGCUCCGUGUCGAACCCGAGCGACGCCCCUCUGCUGACCAAAUUCUGUCUAUCCCUGGAAUCCAGAAUUACGUGCUUGCGUUUACCGACCAAUGCAAGAACCAAUGUUCAUCACCAGGUAUCAUGAGGGAAUGGAGUCAGAGCUCAAACCACAAAGACGAAAAUGUUUUUCGAAACGAACAAACUUCAGCUGUGACAGCUAGGAGACACUCAUUCACAUCUAUUGCAACUGAGCAGAUUUUCUGCGCCCAGUCGACUUAUAGCAAAGAGCGGCACCAGUCAGUUAGAGAUCGUAUGGGUGAAUGUGAACUCGCUCAGCGUGGUACUGUUCUAAAAGUUCAAAGUGGUAACAAAGAAACAGCUCGUGUCAUUGCAGGUGGACAAUUUCGACACGUGCAUUGAACUGGUUGGCAACAUCGGGUUAUAAGCACUGUAUACCGAACUCCUAAUAAGGUAAAACCACUAACGGAAUACCAAGAUUGUACAAAAGGAUCAACUGAUCGUACAGCUUUCCAGCAAAGCAGUUUGUUAGCAUAUGGAGUAAACGGAACAGAUACUGAAAUAUCAGACGGAGAAAUAACUUCUGUUGAUGCUGAAAAUUCCAGUAACACGUUGAGAAAAGACUUUGUGCAGGGAAAGAUAGAAAUAUGUCAGAACAAGAAAGCAAACCUGAAUGACGAUCUUCAACUAAAAAUGCCGAUUACGAACCUCUUCGAUUUUGAGUGCAACGGAGACAACUCGGUGACGAUAGGGUCACUAAAGGAAUCGACGUACGUCUUGGAUAAGCCAUCCGUGAUAUGUGUCAGUAAUAAAGAAAGCAACAAGAGACGCCCAAGUGUUAUCACCAAAGUAGUUCAAAUUCCAGAAAGGUGUGAUGGAAACAGAAGGAAUAUUUUCCACCCUCGAAGUAGUAACAGUGAUUUAGAAGGCACAAAAACAAAACAUGAGUCUCGUGAAGAUAAAUUCUCCUGUGCUCGUGGCAACUGCAAUUGUGAUCUUCGUGAGUGUUCAGCCAACGCUCAGCACAACGGAGGCGUCUUAGCGGACUUGAACGAAUGCUUGUUUCGUAGCAGGAUAAGUACCGGGGAUUCGGCAAGAGAAGUUCGUGGCAAAAUUGAGACAUUUCGCGCCUACCUGGAAGAAAAGAUCGGGGUUGAAUUGUCUUUUGCAUGUCUGAAUGCAAUCAGAUCUGUGUCCGGUGGAAAAAUGCACCGGUUCGUGUCGGAUGAUAUUGCACUGAAGAGGAUGGGGGGAAUACUUGGCAAGGACAAAAUGCAAUUUGCACCGGCAGUGUUGUAUUUGCAUAAUUUGGAGCAAAGCUGUGAUUUGCUUCCUGAGUGAUUACACCAUGAUAGAAUAUUUGCAUAAUAUUAAAACAAUGCAAUAGGUUGUCUGAGCGAUAAAACGAACAACAAUCUACUAACCUGUAUAUCAUCACAGUUAACAGAAAUUGGGCGCCCCCUCCCCCACUGUAACAUCAAGCCCCACCCCCCCUCGCCCGUCUAUGGUGCGAAGCCAGGCUAUGCCAGUGUCUAGGGAUGGAUGACAAACAUAAAGGACAAUUAAACACAAACGUAUGGGAAGUAAAACAGUUAAUCUUUCCUUCUAUUCCUUAUUAAUAUUCAAAGUUGAGUGAUAAUUGUUUUUCACACAUUGUGGAAUUGGUCGUUCGAAAUGUUUUUGUUGUUAGGAAAAUGUAUACAUUUUAUGGGGAUUUUUUUUACGGAUAUCGGUUAAACUUGAAAUAUGAACACUCACACUGGGAUAGCCAGUCAGAAUUAAUCAAGCUCUCUUUCCGACACCACCAACACAUUGCUUGUGACUAAUACCUAAAAAGACAUUUCAAGAUAGGUUCUCCUUUUUUAAGCUUUCAACUUAAUUUUUUUCAAAUUAUAUUUCUUUUACUUUGUGCAUUAAUAAUCGGCCAUUAAUUUCGGCAAAUACUGGAUUUUUUUUGGUAACGUUUUACUGGUUCACUGCCAUAGGUUUGUACCUAUUGUCAUUGCUUUUGUGUCAUCAAUACCGAAUGUGAACAAGAAUGUGAAUUUCAAAUUGAAUGCCAAUUUCAAAUUGAAUGCCAAUGUCAAAAUUGUCAAUUGUUUUUCUUCUAAACACCCCCAGGCCAGCACUGUGACACAGUUGAGAGCAUAUAGGGAUGAGAUCGUAAGACUGUUUUCCAGACUUCGUAUGAAAAACCUCGGAAUAUCUGCCACUCUUGUAAUUUUCCAAACUUAAAGGCAUUGUGUUAUAUUGACGACAUCUGUUAUACAGUUCACGUACAUCUUUUUUUCUGUAAAUAUGAUCUCGAGGUAAACAAAAAGAAGUCCUUGAACAUUCGUAGAUAUUUUUUUACAAAUUCAAUUAUUUAUGUAUUUUUAAAAAUUUGAUAACAAUCGAGGUAAAACUUUUUAUUUUUGAACUAUACAAAACACGUCUAUCUACUGAAAGUACUUUUUAAUAUGAAAUAAACUAUUUAUUAAAUAGAACA